AUGGGGAACGGUAAUAAACAGAGGGAAUUGCUAUUGCUAGGUCUGCUAUCACUAGUUCUGGUAAAUUGUCAGAACAUGACCGGAGAUGGCUUUGAGUGCUUUAGAGGUCCAAUACCGGGUAAGACGUGCAGAACACCCAAACUCCGCUACUACUACGAUAUAGCUCAUGACCUAUGCCGUACGUUCAUGUGGGGCGGAUGCAAAGAUCCAAACGAUUCCAAGUCCAUAAAUCGUUUUGAGACUAUAGAAGACUGUAAUAAGAGGUGUAGAAAGCAGCGACCGCAAAUAAGAGUUAUGAAUUAA